AUGACCGAGGAAUAUGUUUUGCGGUGCGUCCUGAUGCUCUGCUGUGCGCUCCUCUCCGCCAACGCGAGUAACUGGCUGUACUUGGCCAAACUGUCGUCAGUGGGAAGCAUCAGGGAUGAGGAGACGUGCGAGAGGUUACGAGGCCUCAUACAGAGACAGGUUCAGAUCUGUAAGCGCAGCGUGGAGGUGAUGGAUGCGGUGCGUCGUGGAGCCCAGCUCGCCAUAGACGAGUGUCAGUUUCAGUUUCGCAACCGUCGAUGGAACUGCUCCACUCUGGAGACAAUGCCUGUGUUUGGCAAAGUGGUCACCCAGGGCACCCGUGAGGCAGCCUUUGUGUAUGCCAUCUCAGCAGCCAGUGUGGCGUUUGCGGUCACAAGGGCCUGCAGCAGCGGAGAGCUGGAAAAAUGUGGCUGCGACCACAAUGUACAUGGAGUCAGUCCAGAGGGGUUCCAGUGGUCGGGCUGCAGUGAUAACAUUGCGUAUGGAGUGGCCUUUUCUCAGUCCUUUGUGGAUGUGAGAGAGAGGAGUAAAGGCCAAUCCUCCAGCCGAGCUCUCAUGAACCUGCACAACAACGAGGCUGGAAGAAAGGCCAUCCUGUCCCACAUGCGUGUGGAGUGCAAAUGUCACGGUGUGUCAGGCUCCUGUGAGGUAAAGACCUGCUGGAAAGCCAUGCCGCCCUUCCGCAAGGUGGGUAACGUCAUCAAGGAGAAGUUUGACGGCGCCACUGAGGUGGAGCAGCGCAAGGUGGGCACCACCAAAGUCCUGGUGCCUCGCAACUCCCAGUUCAAACCUCACACGGACGAAGACCUGGUCUACCUGGACCCCAGUCCAGAUUUCUGUGACUAUGAUCCACGCACGCCGGGUAUGCUGGGCACGGUGGGCCGCCAGUGUAACAGAACGUCGAAGGCCAUUGACGGCUGCGAGCUGAUGUGCUGCGGUCGCGGCUUCCAGACGCAGGAGGUGGAGGUGGUGGACAGGUGCAGCUGUAAGUUCCACUGGUGCUGUUACGUCAAAUGCAAACAGUGCCGCAAAAUGGUGGAGAUGCACACUUGCCGGUGAUGGACGUGGGAGCACAGAAGGCGCUGCUGAUGAACAAAACAAACGCCCCACACUCUUUCUCAAUCACCAAGGCUUAGAGGGAGCGAGGAGGACUUGUGACGCUCCCUCUUCUCCUGCUUGAAACCACCCCACCCUCCUACUACUGGUCAACGGAAACAGACUGAGUGGCUGAGAGGUCAAAGGUCAUCCUAUUCAUUUUGUGCCACCGUAAUGGAUAUCAGUAGUUUAUGCAUGGGAUUUCCUACAAAGCUACAGAGGCAGUUUGUUUCUUCUGAAGUAGAGAGCAUCUUUCACUUUCUGUCCCCCUCCCUCACUCUCAUGUUUGGUUUGUCAUUGAUGCUUCUUAUUUUUGUAAUGUUUAACUUAUUUGUUGAGACU